UGAACGAAAAGUUAAUCCGUGUGCAGGAACCAGUGACACUGUGUGGAUUAUUUCCUUUCUCCAGAGAACUGUCAGAUUUUAAUAUUUUUCUGCUCAGCGCGUUACGUUAUACCCAGGGGGUUUAACCAGAAUCAACACGAGUACUGAAGUUAUAGCCUAACCCAGUCACCCACUCCCUUCAAGUUAUAGUAUUCCGAAGCUUGGGCGAGACAACGUCAUAUUUUCAUUGGCUACUUUGGAUCGAUUGAUAAUUACUACAAACUCUCGUAUUAUGUGUGUGUUAUCAUCAGGAUAUUAAUUCCCUUUACGCAGCAGACGACAGCUCUAGAACAAGCAGUUGACAUUAACAGAGUGAAAGGACUAUUCCAAAAACGGACAACGGUUUCCUCUAGGCAGCCGCAUGAUUUUACAAGGAAGCAGAGCAUUGGUGGUUCAUAAAAGGAUUAUCUUCAAAUAAACUGGACAAUAGUUCUACUAUUACACAAGCUAGUGAUGCGAGGCAAACACCACGCCAUGAGUGCCAGGCUUGAAGAUGACAUGGUCGAAGACAGCGAGCAGACGACUGCUGAGGGAUUCUGGGAUUUACCCGGAUUGAGAGCCACAGACUAUCAAAUCAGAAAAAGGGCCCGACGUGAAGGGCCAGCAUCGCCUUCAGAUUCGGGAACCAGUUCCACAACAGACAUGACAGAUGAUGGCGAACAGAGAAAAAUGAAAAGCCCCAAAAAGUCGUCAAAACGUCGAAAGGCUUCCAACGCUCGAGAACGAAAUCUACGUCGACUUGAAAGCAACGAGCGUGAAAGACAGAGAAUGCACUCCUUGAAUGACGCUUUUGGCGACCUGAGAGAGGUAAUACCACACAUCAAAUUGGACAGAAAACUCUCCAAGAUUGAAACCUUAACCUUAGCCAAGAACUACAUCAAAGCCUUGACAAAUGUGAUAUGUGAAAUGCGUGGCGAAAAAACUCCUUACAGCUUUGAUAGCUCCUCAAAAACAAAUGUGGAGGAAGAGACCGAAAGCAUUUUGAGUGUGGAAACUGUAGACAGCGUGGAUAUCGAAGACACGAAUGAGAAUUCUUCCUUAUACAACACUGAUGCUCGGAAUUUCUCGUGAAAAGGAUUUUAUCUCAAUAAAUCACCGACAGACGACCGUGCUAAUGUCAAUGUUUUGUAUAAGUUCGUGGAUUUUGGAUUGCUACAAAAUGAGGAUAUUCGACAUUAUCAUUCUGAGCUCAUUAAUGAAUUCCAUCUUGUGUUCGCGGCGUUUAUUCUGUCACGCCAUAUUCUAGGCACGUGGAUCUUCUGCUGUUUUUUUUUUUUUUUUUUUUUUUUUUGGUAAAUUAUUUGCUUGAGAAAUGUGGCGUCUAGUUUCCGGAUUCUAAUUCCAUCAACCAAUAGGAAAAUGAAUUCAUUGAUAUUCUAAUAGCAUGCUAGUUUCCAUGGCCAAAACCCCCGAUUAUUUACAACUUCCAUCACGAACCCUGACAUGAAGUUAAAAGUGUACACAAAAGAGAAUCUCGGAAAUACAGCGGACAAGAAAUAAUCAUAUGUUAUUGUUUUAUUUCUGGACAGUGCAAUUGAAAUACUCAAAUUACCAUUUGUAUCAUUAUGAUGAAGACAACUGCAAAUAGUUAUACCUAAGGGCAUACAUGUCUAAAAAUAAUUUAUAAAUAUUUGCAAGUGUAAAAUUAAGUCAUGUAUUAAGACAGUUUAUUGUUAUGACACGCAUGUACAAAUUUGUAUGUAUUUAAACGUGUAAAUAUCUCUAAUCUGAGGACAUGUGGGUCACGACUAUGCCAAGGUAUACUCUCACGAUUAUAAGAGGGUCCCCUAUCACCUGUUUUAUCCCUUUUACUUCACACGCGUGGCUAAGUUCUGGUGCUACUCGAUACAUCUUGUGCCACAUUUACCGUUUGCCAUCAGGGGUUUUCACCUUUUUUUUUGACAAAUACAUCUUAUCCCAAACACCUCUAAAUUGCUCUUAAAGAACGCUGCAGUAAUUUGUUCGUGAUGUUGAUAAUUAUUUUUGCUUCCUUUUUAAGAUUCUAAACUUCCCGUUGUAAAAAAGGUAAAACUUUUUGCUUUAAAGUUCGAAUAUACAUGUAUAUUAGUUUUGACGUUACUGUUGGCCCCAAAUUCUUUGGUUUUGAACAGUUUGAGUUAUAUACGGAGUCUAAGAUCAUCACCUUUCACAUUUUUCAUUGAUUUCAGUAGAAUAAUUAAAUGUUAAAGUAAUAAUCGCAUUCUUUACUCAAUAAUGGGGAAUGGCUAGUCGAUAUGUUAUUGAUUCGCCAGAGCAUUUUCAUUCAUUUUCCGUUAGCGUAGGAAACAGCGUUCGUUCUUGUAAUUAUGGGUAUUGCCCACGUGUUUUCACCUUCUUAAUAAUACUGCCUACAAAGGUAAACCUCUUUUGUGUCUGUUGCUGAUAAAAUAUCAGUCUCUGGUGACAAAUAUCACUCUCACUUUUGAUAUCUACGGGUCACAUUCACUGGGUAUUGGCCAUUUAAGAUUCUAUUAUCUUGGGGUGUGGGCUUGCUUUUCCAGCUGUUUCUGGGAACCAGUUACUGCUGCAGUACAACCCUGCCAGAAGUAACCCUGUUUGGGAACGGUAAAACUAAAAUCUUCUCUGAAACCUUAAAAGAUCCGUUCGAUUCUUGAUUGUGUUCCUUUUGGUGUAAAAGGUUCUUUGGCAUAGGAAAUGACAGCCUCAUUGCCCUCAUGGCUUCCUUUUUGUUUUCUCACUAAAUAUUGUGGUGAAGGUUCUAAAGAGGUCCAUUAAUUUUGGCAGAUAAUUUAUUUCACUCCUUUUAGAUGAUCUUAUUUUUUAUGAUGUAUGUAAAUACUGGUCAGAUAUGAUAUAUAUCUAUAUACAUGUAUGUGUACAUAUUCAUAACAAUACACUCAUAGCCCAUAUUUAUUUUUGCUAAAUGUACAAUAUAUCUAUAUAUGUAUAAAUAUCAUUGAUAUGCCAUUUUGAUGCCACCCAUGGGUUAUGUAUUCACCCUUUUAAAUCUCCUCAUAUGGAUCAUCGUUUUGUGCCUUUUUUUCUUUAAUUAAUUACAUCCCCUGUUCUUCACAUGCAUGUUUGUUUAUUGCGCAUUUCUUUAAAACAGAAAUUGCAUUAUUAUAGGCAUUAUCUUAGAGAGUAAGUUUUCAUUAUUAUUGGAUAUUUUUCCUUUCUAUAUAGUUUAUAAUAAGUUAUCAUUGAAGGAAUAGGUUGGCAAAAUACUAUAACUUUACAGUAACAAAACCAGUUUUAUAUGUGAAUUCUGAAAAUUAUCUACAAUGGAAUUGAUUCCAGUCUCAUAGAAAUAAAAAUUAUUUCCGAUAUGUUUUAAGUGGAGGAUCAAAGUUUUUGGGAUACAUAUACGUAUCGAGUGUCUGUGCUGUAUUAUACGUAUUCUUUUGACUGGUUAUAGUG